AAGAAGAAAACGAAGAAGCGGUUGCCACGAAAGAGGCCGUUGCAGAUAAUGCGACCAUUAAACUCUCUGUUUUGUGCGACAUUUUGGCGCUAGAUUGAAUAUUAACAUCAUUUGUUAAAACUACGCACCACUGUCACUCGGCACGAACAAUGUCAAAAUUUGGACUCGAUAGCUAUGCUACAAUGAAAACAUAAUUGGGGAUUAGUGGCAAGAAUAGACGAGGUUCGUUAGCCAUGAUUCGUUUAUCCUAGUGGGUUUUUAUUCAGUCAGUCGAUUAUCUUACAGCGACCUGUCGGGGAUCAACAUACAAAAUGAAAUUCACAGAGCAUCUUUCAGCUCACAUCACCCCAGAAUGGAGGAAACAAUACAUUCAGUAUGAGGCUUUCAAAGAGAUGUUAUAUGCUGCUCAGGAUCAGGCCCCGUCCAUUGAAGUUACGGAUGAGGACACCGUUAAAAGGUAUUAUGCCAAGUUUGAGGAGAAGUUCUUCCAGUCAUGUGAAAAAGAGCUGGCCAAGAUUAACACGUUUUAUUCAGAAAAGCUGGCUGAGGCUCAGCGGAGAUUCGCCACCCUACAAAAUGAAUUACAAUCAUCAUUGGAUGCCCAGAGAGAGACUGCAACCAAUGGGCGGGAUCUGCGAAGGAGGAAAACCGUGUUUACCCUAUCACAGCAAGAGAGAUGCAAACACAGAAAUAUAAAAGACCUUCAGCUGGCCUUCUCAGAGUUCUACCUCAGUUUGAUCCUGUUGCAGAACUACCAGAACCUGAAUUUCACAGGCUUCAGAAAGAUCCUGAAGAAGCAUGAUAAGAUUUUGGAUACAUCUCGGGGGGCUAAUUGGAGAGUGUCCCACGUUGAGGUGGCUCCAUUCUACACUUGCAAGAAAAUCACACAGCUCAUAUCUGAGACUGAGGCAUUGGUCACAAUAGAGUUGGAAGGUGGUGACAGGCAGAGGGCCAUGAAGAGAUUGAGGGUACCUCCCUUGGGAGCUGCGCAGCCAGCUCCCGCUUGGACCACAUUUAGAGUUGGACUUUAUUGUGGAGUUUUCCUCGUCCUAAUGGUUACUGUCAUUAUUACAGGAGCUGUCAUGUUUCCCAUCGCUGACGUUUGGCCAAUGAUUAGAAUCUACCGAGGCGGCUUCCUUUUAAUAGAAUUUCUCUUCCUCUUAGGUAUUAACACCUAUGGAUGGAGGCAAGCAGGAGUCAACCAUGUGCUUAUAUUUGAACUCAAUCCCAGAAAUAACCUAUCGCAUCAACAUCUGUUUGAGAUUGCAGGUUUUUUGGGGGUGUUGUGGUGUGUCAGCCUGCUGUCAUGUCUAUUUAGUGACAGCAUUCCAUUGCCAAUGCAAGCCCAUCCUUUGGCUCUUUAUGGCUUUUUUAUUGUCUUCCUUAUCAACCCAAUCAAGACCUGCUACUACAAGUCACGCUUCUGGCUUCUCAAACUUUUGUUUCGAGUAAUGACCGCACCAUUCCAUCGUGUUGGCUUUGCUGACUUCUGGUUGGCUGACCAGUUGAACUCUUUGGGAGUUGUUUUGUUAGAUAUGGAGUACAUGGUCUGUUUUUACAGUUUUGAACUUGACUGGAAAAAACACGAUGGACUCAUCAGCAGUGAAGGUAACGAUGUGUGUAAUACCUACUCCUAUGGCGUCCGUGCAGUGGUUCACUGUCUUCCUGCUUGGUUCAGAUUCAUCCAGUGUCUUCGUCGUUACCGGGACACGAAAAGGGCCUUCCCUCACCUGGUUAAUGCUGGAAAAUACUCCACUUCCUUCUUUGUUGUAACUUUUGCUGCUCUCUACAGCACACAUAAAGCUCAAUCAUAUGAUGAUGCCAAGAUUUUCUUCUACUUAUAUGUAACGUGUUUGGUGGUCAGCUCAUGUUACACACUAAUUUGGGAUCUGAAAAUGGACUGGGGCCUGUUUGACCGCAAUGCUGGAGAAAAUACCUUUCUGAGGGAGGAGAUAGUCUACCCACAUAAGGCCUAUUACUACAGUGCCAUAGUAGAGGAUGUACUGUUGAGAUUUUCGUGGAUUUUAACCAUUUCCCUCAGCACAAUCGCCAGUGUUCAUGGCAUCUCUGAUAUAGUGGCAACUGUACUGGCCCCGAUGGAGGUCUUUAGACGUUUUGUGUGGAAUUUCUUCAGACUGGAGAAUGAACAUCUGAAUAACUGUGGUGAGUUCAGAGCUGUCAGAGACAUUAGCGUGGCUCCACUCAAUGCUGAUGACCAGACCCUGCUGGAGCAGAUGAUGGAUCAGGAGGAUGGAGUCAGGAACCGACAAGGCAAAAAGAGUUGGAAACGGAGCUAUAGUAUGAGUCUACGUAGGCCAAGACUUUCUUCACAGUCCAAGACCCGUGAUACCAAGGUUUUGAUAGAAGAUACAGAUGAUGACUCCUGACAUCAGGCCACGCCCCUUGCCUGGGUCCAGAAUUUAUUCAAAGGAGGAAAUACAUCCUCCUAACCAAGGAAUUACCCAGCAAGUUGGGCGUUGAACUCACUUGAGUUCAAGACUCUCAUGCUUGUAAAAAUCUCUCAUUGUAUGAGCGUUGUACAGGUUCGGCACUAUUUCAAAACAGAGUCAACAGAACUGAGAGUGCAAGAAAAACUAUCACUGAAUACUUUAAUGUGUAAUUUACCUUCACUUAUAACCUUCAAGAUUCUUAAACUCCUUAACAUUCCUCUCCUGAAAUCCUCUAGUUUGGCAUGAACAAUCCUGGUUUGUGGAACCUAAGAAGACUGUACUAUCAUGAGGUGUCUGUUCUCCACUUAGAUGCUCCGCAGCCAUUUAAGCUUGAGACUGACUUCAACGCUACUCCUCCUAAGACACCCGAAAAGCACCUUGUAGAUUUAUCAUCUUUCUUUGGUUCAACCUGGUUUUUAGACGCACCGUAUUUGAGGACGAUUUUACUCAUUUUUUCGUCACUGUCACAUUUAUUAUGGAUGAACUUAAAUGGAAAAUUAUAUAAACACACACGUUACAAGUAAUAUGUACUGUAUUUUUUGGAACGGAAGGUGCACUGGAUUACAAGAUGUGGUUUCGAUGAACAGGUCUAUUUUGGGAGAUUUCCAUGCAUAGGGCACACUGGUUUGUUUAUAAAGCCCACUACUGCACAUUAUGGGAAACAAACCUGUAUAGCAUAAGUCAAACUUUGUUCAACUUCAAUCCAACAUCCAUCCAUAGGAUUAAAAGGUAUACUGGCGAUUUUUAGAGAAUAUUAAAGCAUUUUAAGUGUGCCUUGUAGUCAGAAAAAUACAGUACCCGUGGUUAUGUGUAGAAAAUGGACAAACUUAAUUAAGGUGUAUAGAAAUUUUGGGGAAAAAUGUUAUGAAUAUAGUUCCAGGACUGUGAGCUUCUUAGUUUUCUAAACAUCCAGUGACAUGAAAUAUAUAGAUAAACCUAGGUAUAUAUGUGUAUUAGUUGAAUGUAUGUUACAUGCUUAUUCUGUCACAAGGGCACAUUUAUUUAGAAAUGUGUGCUCUGAAUUCGAAAUUUGGUUGAAUUGCAUCACAACUGUUGCAAAUAUUGUUGGGGGCCUCCCCAGAAAAUUGCUUCUUUAGGUGGGUUUGGGGUUGUGUAAGAAAACUAUCAAGAAGUAUUAGCUACCACUUACAUUCCAAACCAUGAAAGGGGUCAAAUUUUGAGCAGGAAAGUGCUCCAUCGCAUACAUCCAUCUCAAAGUUUCUCAAGGCGAAGAUGAUCAAUGUGCUCUGUGACUGGCCAGUUCAGUCACCAGACAUUCAUUCAUUGAGUAUGUCUGCAAUAGAAUGAAAGAGGAAGCAUGGAAGACAACAAAACAUUUUUGAUGAACACUGGGAGGCAUGGAAGACUGUUUUCUUUGCUCUUCGUGAUUGCGUCAUCAAUGAAUUCUAUGGAUCAUUGCCAAACCAAAAGUCUUCCAAGUUAUUAAAUUUCAAAGCAUCACACCUUAAUUCACUGAGGUUUAGUCGGUGACAAAACUUGUGUCUUGACAAAACAUGACCUCUCUGUGUUCAUUAAAAAAAUAAACUGUCUUGACAAAACAUGACCUCUCUGUGUUCAUUAAAAAAAAUAAAAACGUUUGUCUUGACAAAA